AUGCCCGGCGAGCGUUGCAACACUCACUCGCUGCGAAAUGCUGAUCCGGCGAACGCAGAGGACGUGGGCGAGAUAAUCAUCUCUCCACAUGCCGAAAAAACUCCGCAGUCAGCAGAAAGAUGUCCUAAUAUGGGUUGGUCAUGCGUGGUGGCACGCACCGUGGCUUUCGUCCUUAUGCUCAGCGGUGUGUCCCAGGUGUCUGCACUCACGUCCGACAUUUUCGCAACGGGAAAGUCGGACAAAGAGAUAUUGGACAACCUUCUCAAAAACUCCCGCUAUGACAAAAGACUGCUUCCACCUGUAGACGGUGUCCUCACCGUAAAUGUUAGCGUGCUACUUCUUAGUUUAGCAUCUCCAGACGAAUCUAGUCUUAAAUACGAAGUGGAGUUUCUUCUUCAACAACAGUGGUAUGAUCCCAGGUUGCGCUACUCUAAUCAAUCUCACUACGACUAUUUAAAUGCCAUCCAUCACCACGAAGACAUCUGGUUGCCUGAUACAUACUUUAUAAUGCACGGUGACUUCAAGGAUCCAAUAAUACCAAUGCAUUUUGCAUUGCGCAUUUAUCGCAAUGGCACAAUCAACUAUUUAAUGCGACGACAUCUAAUCUUGUCCUGUCAGGGACGGCUCAACAUAUUUCCUUUUGACGACCCAUUGUGUUCAUUUGCUUUAGAAAGUAUAUCGUACGAGCAGUCCGCCAUUACCUACGUUUGGAAGAAUGACGAAGCGACUCUCCGAAAAUCGCCUUCACUUACCACCCUUAACGCGUAUCUCAUCCAGAACCAAACCAUACCCUGCCCUAUUAAGGCGAGCUGGAGAGAAUGUAAGAGUCUGUUAACGUUCUUGCAAGCAGCUGACGGUAUUUCACUUUACGAGGACGAUGAAGAGCUGACAUGUAAUCUUUGCCAGAGACGCUUUGAGGAGCAAGGUAACUACAGCUGUCUAAAGGUGGAUCUAAUUUUUACCAGAGACCGAGCGUUCUACUUUACGACAGUAUUUAUUCCUGGAAUUAUUCUGGUGACCUCCUCAUUCAUCACAUUCUGGCUGGAAUGGAACGCAGUGCCAGCCCGUUCCAUGAUAGGUAAAAUGGCUGGUGAUCGGAAUGUUCUCGGUCUUGCAUUUCGCAUCCUUUCUCUCUCUGUAGAUGUGGCUGGGGCUGUUAAUAUACCACGCUAG